AUGGGGGAGUUGGAAGCCGAUGGCCGCACCUUCACACACGGCUACAGCAAGGGGCGUCUCAGCAUCAUCUGCGAGCACCGGAUCCACUUCCAGGGCAUCGAGCGCUACGCUGUACAGUUCGUAGACGGCGAACUCUGCAGUGCGGAUGGCGUUGGCUACGUCAUCAGCUGUGACCUCCCCUGCACGAAGACGCAUGGCUUGACAGACAACUCGGAUCCACUGCCAUGA